ACAAACAUCGUCAUCGGUCAUUCAUACCAACAGUGACCAACCUCUCCGCAUAGGUGCACCCUCUAAAUUGUCACUUACACAUACCAGCAUCGAAGCGGCGGCCCGAUUCGUACCUCAAUACUGGUUCGCGAAACGUCAAAAUGUCCGAUUUCCUGGAGAACAUCGACCCCAAACAGCUGAACGACAAGGACAAGCGGGAACUACGCCUGCACCUUGACAGCGAGGCCGCGCGACAGCGCAUCAAUAUCAGCGUACACGCCAUGACGGACGUAUGCUUCAAGCAAUGCGUCACGGGGCCAAUUCGAAAUGGGAAAUUAGAUAAGGGCGAGGAGAGUUGCAUGGUAAACUGCACGAACCGGUUUAUUGAUAUUUCUCGCGUAACUAUGACGAAUAUGGGAAAGGUAAAACGAUAAAAUUAUGGAAGCUGGUUGGGAUAUCUGGUUGACGAUGUCAUAUUGGCGGCCAUGAAAAUGAAGAGAUGUACGAAUAGCUACGCCAAAAUUACGGGCCGAAGGCAUUAUAUAGAAUCCACGGGCUUGGCUGUGAUACGAACACCACUCUGAACCGCCUGGUAGGCAUGAAUUUUACGUCUUAUAGCAUCUACGAAGCGGUAAAAUAAUAGGAAAGCAAGUUAAAAUCACUCGAGGGAAGCCGAUUGG